AUGAGCGAUCCACACUUGCGUCAUGUGCUUCCCUGGCACGAACUCUUGAAUGCUUUCAAGCAGGGUGAUGGCAGCGAGAUUGUGCUACCAUCAGGUGUUUGUGGACGAAUUCACGCUCGCAGCGCCGAAGUACGUCUUCAAGUGCAACAUCGGAAGUAUCUCACUGAGGAGAUGCUUUGCAGCGAUUUGAGCUGCCCGACCACAAGGAAGAAGACGUUUUGCAGACCUGCAGGGAAGGGCAAGAAGGAAGUUUUUUGCAUAGGUUAUAACCGCGACCACGGUCGACUGAAAGACCCCAUUGCUGCAGUUCACUCCAUCGAACGCUUCCUGGUUCUCUUCACCAAGGCCAUAGACGACUUUGCAGCGCAGGAGGUCGCGAAAUACCCCGCCGAGCGCAUUUGGGGCCAAGCCUUACCGACACCAGAGUACCUGGAGGAAACCCGGGAGAAGUUCUACGCAAGACCAGAGACCUAUCGACCCGAGCAUGACCUUUUUUGGGCGCUCUUGAGCGAAACCAAUCGCUACGAAUUCGAGGAUGCUCAGCGUGACGGCGUAGAGCCCGAAGAGGAGCCCAACGAUUUGUUGCUUUUGCUGUCCUUGGCGCAACGGGGGCAGAUGGAUAUCCCGAAUGCUUUGAGCAUGACCUAUGGAGGUCAAGCGGUCGGAAAUGGUUUCCGGUUUUUGAUAAUUUACCAUAUUCUGCCUUUCUAUCUUUGGUGCAAUGCCAUCAUCGCCUGCGGAUGGCAGAAGGAGCCUGAAAAGUGGGGUCCCCUGGCAGGUCCGGCGGAGGAAUACAACCUCAGGAGACAGAUCAGCGAGGACUGUGACUUCUUUACCUUCAUUCCUAGUUGGAGGCGGCUGAUCUCGCCAGACCUCCUCUUCAUUGACCUUGAUGUGACCAAGGACGUCCUCAAGCGUUGCUUCCGGUUGAUGUAUUUGACGAGGAUGAUGUGUGCAUGGACACCCGACGGCUUGGACUUGCAGAAUGGGCGAUGGGCACCGGAGGACCUGCGACAUGGUUUCGAGGCCGUCUUUGGGAAGAUUCUUCGUGAUGCGGAGUGA